UGAGCAUAGAUCUAGGCCAACAGAAUUGGAUGAAAGUAGCUGUUGUGAACCUAAAACCGGGGCAGUCCCCAAUUUCCAUUGCAAUCAAUGAGAUGUCAAAGAGGAAAUCCCCAGGCUUAGUUGCAUUCCAUUCCGGUACCCGUCUUCUGGGUGAAGAAGCUGCUGGAAUCACUGCUCGUUACCCUGGCAAAGUCUAUUCCCAACUCCGUGACAUGAUUGGGAAACCUUACAAGCAUGUCAAGGCCUAUUUAGAGUCAAUGUACUUGCCAUUUGAUAUUGUGGAAGAUUCUAGAGGCUCUGUGGGUGUGAAAAUUGAUGACGAUGUCACAGUGUAUUCAGUUGAGGAGUUUGAGGAGUUGGUGGCCAUGAUUUUGAGUUAUGCAAUGCAUCUGGCAGAGUUUCAUUCGAAGGUGACAGUGAAGGAUGCGGUCAUCAGUGUGCCACCAUAUUUUGGGCAGGCAGAGAGGAGGGGGAUGAUUCAGGCUGCCCAGUUGGCUGGGAUUAAUGUGCUUUCCCUGAUUAAUGAGCAUUCAGGUGCAGCUUUACAGUAUGGGAUUGAUAAAGAUUUUUCUAAUGGGUCUAGGUAUGUUGUAUUCUAUGACAUGGGUGCAAGUAGCACUUAUGCCGCACUUGUGUAUUACUCGGCUUAUAGUGGCAAGGAGUUUGGGAAGACUGUUUCCAUUAACCAAUUUCAGGUUAAGGAUGUCAGAUGGGACGCACAACUCGGAGGCCAAGAUAUGGAAGCACGGCUAGUAGAGUUUUUCGCAGAUGAGUUUAAUAAACAAGUUGGAAAUGGGAUUGAUGUGAGAAACUCUCCUAAGGCAAUGGCUAAAUUGAAGAAACAGGUUAAACGCACUAAAGAAAUCUUGAGUGCAAAUACAGUCGCUCCAAUAUCAGUUGAAUCUUUAUAUGAUGAUCGAGACUUCAGGAGUACGAUAACACGUGAUAAAUUUGAAGAGCUGUGUGAAGAUUUAUGGGAUAGAUCUCUUACACCUCUCAAAGAAGUGCUCAAACAUACGGGGUUGAAGGUGGAUGAAAUAUAUGCAGUAGAGCUUAUAGGUGGUGCUAUCAGAGUGCCAAAGUUGCAGGCUAAGCUCCAGGAAUUUCUUGGAAAAAAUGAACUGGACAAACAUCUGGAUGCUGAUGAGGCUAUAGUUCUAGGCUCUGCACUGCAUGCUGCAAAUCUAAGUGAUGGGAUCAAAUUGAAUCGUAAGCUAGGAAUGGUUGAUGGUUCUUCUUAUGGAUUUGUCGUUGAGUUAGAUGGACCUAAUCUUCUGAAAGACGAGAGCACUAGGCAGUUGCUUGUGCCAAGGAUGAAAAAGCUUCCCAGUAAGAUUUUCAGAUCCAUUAUCCAUGACAAAGAUUUUGAUGUUUUGCUUGCUUACGAGACUGAAGAUCUUUUACCUCCUGGUACCGUCUCUGCCAUAUUUGCAAAGUAUGCUGUUUCUGGUCUGACAGAUGCAAGUGAGAAAUAUUCAUCUCGAAAUCUGUCCUCUCCCAUCAAGGCAAAUCUGCACUUCUCUCUCAGUCGAAGUGGAAUUCUUUCUCUGGAUCGAGCAGAUGCUGUUAUUGAAAUAUCAGAAUGGGUGGAAGUCCCUAAAAAGAAUCUGACUGUAGAUAAUACAACUGCUACCUCUCCCAACAUAUCAGUUGAAACUGGGGCCAAAAAUGUUUCAGAGGAAAGCGGUGAAAACUUGCAAUCUAAUGGUGGCAUCAACAAUGCAAGCAACUCUAAUGUUGAAGAGCCAAGUGCCAUUGAGCCGGAUAGAGAAAAAAAGCUGAAAAAGAAGACAUUCAGGGUUGCACUGAAGGUUGUGGAGAAAACGUCGGGACCUGGAAUGCCUCUUUCAGGAGAAUCUUUUGCUGAGGCCAUAACUAAAUUAGAAAUAUUGGACAAAAAGGAUGCUGAGCGAAGGAGGACUGCUGAAUUGAAAAACAACUUGGAAGGAUACAUAUAUUCUACCAAAGAAAAGCUUGAAACAUCUGAGGAGUUUGAGAAAAUAUGUUCUGAUGAAGAACGCAAAUCUUUCAUUGAAAAGCUUGAUGAGGUACAAGAAUGGUUAUAUACUGAUGGUGAAGAUGCUACUGCCACUGAGUUUCAGGAUCGUCUAGAUUCAUUAAAAACUAUUGGUGACCCUAUAUUUUUCAGGUAUAAAGAGCUUACUGCGAGGCCAGCAGCAGCUGAACUUGCUUUAAAGUACCUCGGAGAGCUGCAACAGAUUGUGCAGGGCUGGGAGAAAAACAAACCUUGGCUUCCAAAGGAUAAAAUAGAUGAGGUUCUAAGUGAUGCUGAGAAGCUAAAGAGUUGGCUGGAUGAGAAGGAGGCUGAACAGAAGAAGAUUUCAGCACAUUCAGACAAACCAGCAUUUACAUCUGAAGAAGUAUACGAAAAGUUAUUUAAUCUUCAAUAAGGUAUUAAUUACUUCUGCA